AUGAAGAAAGUUCUUCUUUUGAUCACAGCCAUCUUGGCAGUGGCUGUUGGUUUCCCAGUCUCUGAAGACCAGGACCGAGAAAAAAGAAGUAUCAGUGACAGUGACAGCGAUGAGUUAUCUUCAGGGUUUUUAGUGUUCCCUUACCCAUAUUUACCAUUUCCAUUUCGAAGAUAUCAAAGAUAUCCAUGGCUUAGAUAUAAUUUUCCUAUUCCAAUAAGUGAAUCUCUUCUUACAACUCCCCUUCCUGAUGAAAAAUUAAACAAGAAGGAAAAGUCAGAAUAA